GAGAAGAGAAAAAAUCGCUGUACCCCACCAAGGACACUGAGUGUCAGUGCAAACCUGGCACUUUCCGUGGAGAAGAUGCACCUGAAUUCUGUCAAAAAUGCAGCACCAGGUGCCCUGAUGGGAAGGUCAUGGUCACGCACUGUAACCCCUGGAGCAACAUCAAGUGUGUGGACCAGGAAUCAGGUACCCUGGCCCAUGGGGAGGCCCCAGUUCCUGGAGAGCUAGGAACUCCCUCCCCCUCCUCAGGCACUUCAAGGCUGGUGAUUGGAAUUGUAUCUGGAAUCACCAUUGUCCUAGUCGGAUGUGUGGUAUGGUGCUUCUUUAACGGAAGAGAAGCUGACAGGAUAACGCCCAGUCCCGAGAUGCAGCAGGCAGGCUGUCUGUUGGAACCAGCAGCACCUGAAGGAUCUCAGCGGAGAAGAUGGCUGCUGGUUCCAACAGAUGGCACUCAAAGCCUGAAGCUAUUCUUCAGUGACUUUGCAGCUAUCUUUUCCUUGUGACUUCUGUGAUUCGCUCCUGAGGCAGUUGGGCCUCACAUGAAAUGAGAUCCUUGUGGGCAGAGAAUAGGCCUGGGUCUCUCCGGAUGCCUUGUGUGAAAUACUGCCAGUCACCAAGAAGGGACAGAGGACCUCAGUCAACACCCUGAUGGAUGCCUUGGAAAUGCUGGGGCAAAGAGUGACAAAAGAGACCAUUCAAGAGGGCCUGCUGAACUCAGGAAAGUAUUAACAUGUUUAUGAAGAAAGUGAGACAGGCUCUGCUGUGCC